CUCUCUCUCACUGGUUCGCCUGUGAUUGAUGUUUCAAGUCUGAAUCUUGGACUGAAGGGAGAGUUCUUCAGUAUUAAAACUCACAGUGAGCCUCCAUUUGAUGCCCAGCCUUUCACCGUGCCUGAGCAGCACGGCUACAUGUUUUCAGCGGGUUUGUCAGAAUUCACCCUGAACUCUGCUUCCUAUGGAUUGUACUCUGCCGGAGUGUUACAGGCCUUAAUCACCGACAGCAUGAUCCCUCCAGACUUUCCUCUGCACCUAAAUACCAGUUCAAUGGGACCAUACAUCCCUCAGCUUCCAAAAAUGUUUCCAGGUCUGCUAAUGAAUCUGCAGGUUUAUGCCACAGAGGUUCCCAUGUUUUCCUUCCAGUCUGGUGUUGUUAGACUGGGUUUCCUGGGUGCUGUCAAAGCAUUUGCAAUCCAGUCAAACGGUACUCAGACACCACUGUUCAAACUCAGUGUGAUCUCAAACUUAAGCAGUAGAGCAUGGGUUGAUUCUGGAAGAGUGAAAGGCCAGAUUUCACUGGACAAUUUUACUCUGACACUGAUGGAAAGUGAAGUAGGAGCCUUUAAGAUCACAGCUUUAGAAAAAUGCACAAGGACAGGAAUUGAGAUGGGCUUAGCAAAGCUGAAUGAGUAUUUGGGAAAAGGUGUACUUUUACCCAGAAUGAAACAAGCACAGCUGGUCAACUCAGUUCUGAAGGUGGAGCAGGGAUUCAUAGCCAUCUUUUCAGACGCUGAAGUGCUCAAAUAGUGUCAACAAAUAGACGCUUCAACCAACAGGCAAACACACUUGUUUAUCUUUGAUAGUGACAAAGGUACGAGUGUGUUUAGAAGAUGCUUCUAUCCCAGUCUGAUCUUAAAAUGAAAAUAAUUACAGCUUGACUAUAAAAUGCAAAUUCAGAAUUUACACACAUUCAGGCAUUGCGAGAAAUCAACAAGUCUUCAAUUCAGCUUCAAAUGUUGUGUAUAGGCUACACACUGCCAGGUCUUUCUAUAGAAUAAUAAAAGCACUUUUUAGGGUUUGAGCACAAAGUGCGUAGAACCCUAUUGAAACUGAA